ACGUAGUUAGUCUCUCGUGUUUGAGCGACGUUCCCCAAGUCGAUCACGGACAGCACGUCGGCAGCCGCUGCGUCAUGUUCUCCGGCACCGUCACCGUCUGCCUGCUGCUCGUCUGUGUAGCUGUUUGUUCGGCUUCGUCCGCCCAGCGCUCCUGCAAGAAUGAUUAUGACUGCCCUCCGGCUAAACCGUACUGUGGAAACGGACUCUGUCGCCCUGUCACCUCACGCUGUUUCUACAACGAGCAGGGCGUAGCUGCGUGUAACAGGUGCCAGUGUAACAAAGGAACGUGGGCAUGCACAGAGGCCCUAUGCAUUCCGCCAUGGCGCUUCCCCGGCAGUGCUGUGCCCUGCUCUCAGGCCCCGGACCUCUGCUAAGGUCAGGCUGCCUCGUUGCUGUCCCCUCCGCGCGUCUGUGCGGUACGGUGACCGUGUCGGGUCGGGCGGC